AUGAAAUUCGCCCGUUAUCUCGAGGAAAAUGCGGUAGAUGAAUGGCGGAAAGCGUACCUCAACUAUGCUGGACUCAAGAAGCUCAUCAAGCGCGUCAAACAGCACUAUGAUGCGCGCAAGACGGGAAGAGUGCCUGUAUCUGAGUCGAGCAGUCAUCCGGCGGCCCGACUGCUUCGAGGCGGCCCAUCGUAUCUAGCGCGUGGACAGCGUACAGUGCCAAAAUAUGGCGCGUUGGGUGAUCCAGAGGAACAGGAUCCACUGCCAUCAGUAACACUAGAUGGUACCGGCCUGGAAGCGGAGGUGCUACUGGCGGAGCCCGUGCGAACGGAUAGCAAGAUGGUGGAUACGGGGCUGGACGCAACGAUAUCGCGUCACUUUGACGAGCAGGAGCGCUUGUUUUUCUACGCCCUGGACUAUGAAGUGGAUCGCAUGGUGGAAUUCUACGAUGCGCGUGAGCUCGAGGCAGUAGAACGCCUUUCGACGCUUGUGUCGCAGCUGAUAGAGUUGGCCGAACACAGACGAGCAUACAAGACCCAGACCAAGCGCAUCGAUGGUGGGCAUCUCAAGAACAUAUGGUCGAAAGUGCCUCGCCGACUUGAUACCGAAGAGCUUCACCGACUCCGGCUUAGUGCGCAGGGACGUGAAUUGCAGCCUUCAUCGCGAGAGCCGACUUCGAGCGACGAAGAUGUUGGCCAACAGCGCCGUGAACAUGCGCUGGAGCAAGUCCACCACCUGAAUUUGGUCGAUGUCGAUGAGACGCCCAAGGAACCGCGGCAUUACGAUCCUGUGCACUACAAGACCGCACGCAAGAAGCUGCGCUCCGCGGUCGUGGAAAACUAUCGUGGACUAGAAAUUCUCAACAACUAUGCCAUUUUGAACCGCACCGGUCUGAACAAAAUUUUGAAAAAAUUUGACAAGACAUUUCAAGUGCACCUAUGGGACAGGUACUAUGAAGAGCGGAUUCAACAGCGAUCCCUGGUGGUAUCGACCACCGUGCCACAAAUGCUGCAUGCGCUCGAGGACAUUUUUGCUAACUACUUUGAGCAUGGCGACAAAAAGCGGGCUCGAGAUAUUCUUCGCUUGGGCGUGACACACGCUCUGCUCCCUCACGAAACGGGGCAUCACCGCAGCACGUUUGUCACCGGCCUGUACAUCGGUAUCGCGCUGUGUCUUGUGAUCGAGGCCUUCGAUCAUGUCAUGCACAAAUCAACGCGUGCAUUGAUCCCGAUGUGGCCACAGUUACUGAUCACCUACGCCGUGUUCUUCUUGCCCACGCUGUUUGCCGUUCUUUUCGGUCUCAAUUUAAUCGCAUGGCAACAUGUACGUAUCAAUGCCGUCUUUAUCUUUGAAUUCGAUGCAACGACGGCCAUUGAUCCAUCACAGUACUUUGAACUGCCUUCUCUCUGCUUGUGGCUGUUGGCGCUGUGUUUUUACCAGUCUUUCACCGCGAUGCCUGACGAUGAACGGUACGUGUCAGCCACGACAUGGCCCCUGCUAUGGCUCUGUGCAGUUGUGCUACUUUUGUGCAACCCGCUGCCCAUCAUGCAUCGUUCUGGCCGUGCUUGGUUCCUUCGCUCAUGCGCGCGUGUCUUGACGGGCGGUCUGAUCGGCAGCAUUGAAUUCCGAGACUUUUUUCUUGGUGAUGAGAUGAAUAGCAUCGCCUACUCUGUCUCCAACCUGUGGCUCGUACAGUGUGAGUACAGAAGCGCAUGGCAGUCUACAUGCAAUCCCUCGGCCACGUACUGGACGCCUGUGCUCAGCUCGCUACCUGCCUUUUUGCGUCUUAUGCAGUGUAUUCGCCGACACUACGACUGUAAGGGCACGACCCAUGUCCAUUUAGUCAAUGCAGCCAAGUAUGCAUCGACGAUAUGUCACGCUUUUGCCUACUUUGCGUUCCGAACAACAGGCUCCCAAAGCAGUGUACGGUUCGUGUGGUGGAUCUUGUUGGCCACGAUCAAUGCAUGUUUCACGUCGAGCUGGGACAUUCUCAUGGACUGGAACCUUCUGCACCGCGAAGCACGCUACCCGUUCCUUCGUAUGCACCUGUCAUUCGAUGAUAUUUGGCCCAUGUACUAUGUCGCCAUGGUGACCAAUGUGCUGAUUCGCUUCGUAUGGGUCAUCUACUUAUUUGGUUCGCCAUCCACACUGCCACUGCGUGCAUUUAUCGCGGCUGUGCUUGAGGUGUUCCGGCGGUGGCUGUGGAAUUUUAUCCGCUUGGAAAACGAGCACAUCGGUAACGCCGAUACGUACAAGAUUGUUCGUGAGCUGCCGCUGCCAUAUCCUGUCAAGAGGCAGGCAGUCGAUAAGGACGGCGAGCUACUGGAUAGCAGCCACGCGCCUACACCGACCAAAGCACAGCCGUACCAUGAAGACCAAGUGCUGGCAUCACUUGCAAGGACGCGCCAGCGGCUUGCCCAGCACCGCGGGCCAGACAACUAG